GUUGGUACCUUUCAUUGUUCUUAAUAGCAACUUUUUCAGAGAUCGCGAACAUUUCCUAAAUGACUUCUAGUCAGAAUUUUGAAUCCAUCAAAGACAAAAUCGUGAAAAUAAAUAGAAUUCUCACUGACUUUCAAUGCCAUGAGAUUUUCAAGUGGUUCGAGUGCGCAGAUCCUUCUCCAGUACAUCGUCGGAAUCAGAAACUGCAUCAACCUGAGACCGGCAGGUGGAUGGUAAGGUCGCUUUAUUGGAGCAGCUGGCUUGCUGGAGUGAGUCGCUGCUUGUGGCUUUACGGCAUGCCUGGCGCUGGCAAGACCGUCUUGAUGUCAUACCUUAUCGAAGAGACUAUAUCAUAUUGCAAGGCUUUUAAGAACAAAAAAACUACUUGGGUCUACUACUAUUGAUCUUAUAGGAAUUGACAAGAUGAGACUAGUUCAUUUUUGAGGUGGGUUAUUGGUCAAUUGUGCCGCCGAACUUCUUCUAUUCCAGAGGAUGUGUACGCAAUGUGGCAGAUGGGCACAGAGUCAAGUCUGUCCGAGUUAUAUAGCGCGCUCGAAAGCGCACUUCAUCACUUUGCAAGACUGUUCAUACUCAUUGACGCGCUUGAUGAGAGCACCCACCCUCGGGACAAGUUACUUGAGACAUUACGAAAACUCGUUACGGAUUCUCUGUUUCACAAAAUUCA